UGCUGAUGUUGCAGCCAAAGCCACGUCAUAUUUUGUACAAUUUUGUAUGCUUUGCGAGUUAGGUCUGUGAGGUUUUUACUUUCUUAGAAAAAUUAUCUUUGAAUAACUGAAAACAUGAAUAUAUUUCGACUAUUAGGCGAUUUAUCGCAUAUUCUUGCGAUCAUAAUUCUUCUGCUCAAAAUAUGGAAAACACGGAGCUGUGCCGGUAUUAGCGGCAAAUCACAGAUUUUAUUUGCAACUGUAUAUACAAUGCGUUACCUAGAUCUGGUGACAACAUACAUUUCAGCAUAUAACACAUUUAUGAAAGUCAUUUUCAUUGCAACUUCCUAUGCUACAGUGUUUUUAAUUUAUGUAAAAUGUAAAGCAACGUAUGAUCAUAAUCAUGAUACAUUUAGAAUCGAGUUUUUAAUUCUGCCUACAUUAGUAUUGGCAUUAUUAAUUAAUCAUGAAUUUACUAUUAUGGAAGUUCUAUGGACAUUCAGCAUUUAUUUGGAAUCUGUAGCAAUAUUGCCACAAUUAUUUUUGGUGUCGAAAACAGGAGAAGCAGAAAGCAUUACCAGUCACUACCUCUUUGCUUUGGGAUCGUAUAGAGGACUUUAUUUGUUAAAUUGGCUCUAUCGCUUUUAUGCAGAAGACCAUUACGAUUUAAUUGCUAUAAUUGCUGGUUUAGUACAAACAGUUCUUUAUUGUGACUUUUUCUACCUCUACAUUACCAAAGUCCUCAAAGGAAAGAAAUUACAAUUACCUGCUUAGCUGUUUACAAGUAUUAUUAUUUGAAAUAAUUUAAGCGCUAAUCGAAGUGGUACCAUAUUAAUUGAGUUUAUAUAAAUU